GAGAAGAAGUAGGGGAGGGGAGGGGGAAUCGCUCACAACAGCAGACGCGCCCCGGCGCUUCAGCGCCGCCCGCGCAUGUCGGGUACUCCGCGCCGAUGGAGCGCGAUCAUAGAGAAAACGUGUUUCGCUACAGUGUUGGCUUUGGCCUGUGCGGAGAGGAAUGGGCAGGAGGAGGAGGAGGAGGAUCGAUGACGACGAUGACUAGUCCGUCGUUGCUUGCGCAGCCAGUCGAAGCUCGUGAUCGGUUGGCGGGGGGGGGGGUGGAAGGGGUAGUGAGAGAUACGGGAGCUGCAGCUAUGGUUGAUGAGCCAAUGGAGGAGGAGGAAGAGGGUGGGAGGAGGAGGAGGAGGAGGAGGAGGAGCUGUAAUGUGUGGAGGGAACAGGUUCAUCGAACUAGGAUGGAAGAUGCAGCGAAGGAAGAUGGCUAUGGUGAAGGCGACAAUGUGGAAGAAGAAGGAGACGACGACGACGAGGAUGACGACGAUGACGAUGACGACGACGAUGACGAUGACGAUGACGACGACGAUGACGACGACGACGACGAUGGAAGGGAGGAAGAGGAUGAAGACGAUCUUGAGCUGAAAGAAGCCAUAGCCAUGGCUUCCACUCGCAGAAUUUCUACGAGAGAGCUCCACUCCUCCUCGUUACCUUUCGCGGAGUACAUCGACUGCAUGUAUCAUUCCACGGCUAUGGGUUCCACUUAUGACGGUACCCCGAUCCCAACCCACGAGAUUAACUGCACGUUAUCUGUCGGAGCGGCUGCUGCACUGGCAGGAGUGGAAGGACUGGACAUUGCAGCUGCAGGGGAAAGAGGAGCAGCAGCAGCAGCAGCAGCAGUAUCAGUUGGCGUAGGAGGACAAGGAGGAGGAGGAGGAGGAGGAGGAGGAGGAGAGAUGGAUAUGAUUAGAAUGGAGCCUGGGUCCGAUGUGAAUCUAUCUUCAUCAUCAUCAUCUUUCUUCCCCGAAAGAUUAGGCAUUGGUCCUGGCGAUAGAGCGAAUAUGACGGCUGAUAGGUUUGCAGCGAUGACGGUCGCAGCGUGUUUCAGGAGUCAGGGAGUCGAUAGCUCAGGGUGCCACGUGUCUUCUGCCACGUGUCUUCCUCCUUACGGCAACAGCUGCUCGUUGGACGUGGCAACCACCUACCUCCCUUUUACUCCCUCUCCCUUUCCCUCUGCAUGCUCCUCUUUCAUGUGUUUAUCGUCAUCGUCUUCGUCUAUUCCUCGACCAUCUGCUUCUCCCUCUCCUUUCCCUUGUACAGCUGCAGUGGCUAUGGCUCCUCUGCCAUCCAUUACGUCGGCGAUCCUGACCAAUUCUAUUCGCACAAAUGACGACCGACACGUGUCAACAGGUGGGGGCCCGUUGACCUUCAUCCCGGUUGCAGCGAGUGGUGGGGUACACAUAGACGCAGCAGCAGCAGCAGCAGACGCAGCAGCAGCCGUGGAGGGCAGACACGUGUCUCGUCGCAGUGCGGCUCUUGGUGCACCAGGUGUAAUGGGUGCAUCUGCAGUUCUUACAGGUGGGGAUCGAGUCUCAGACCUCACUCCGAUGGCAGUAUCAGGUGCUGAGGAGUCCCCCGCUUGCUCUUCCUCCUCCUCCUCUCCCUCUUCCUCUUCCUCUUCCCCCUCCUCCUCUUCCUCCUCAAUGUACAAGACAAGUCCAGAAUUUGCAAUCAUGGCUGCAGUAGGUAUGCUAGGCCGCCUCGAUCGCAGAGAGCUUAACUCUUCUCAUCAUCACCAUUAUCCGUCUUCUCCUCCUCCUCCUCCUCCUCAUCAACAUCAUCACCAUCAUCAUCAUCAUCGUCAGCUGUUGACUCGGCAUAAUCAACACCAUCAUCAACUCCUUGGUUAUCAUCUUCAUCAUCAGGGAGAGCAGAACGGGCACCAGAGGUCGUAUUACCACGAGCGGCAGCAGGCGGCCGAUCUUCACCUUAAGCUCGACGGUUAUGGCGGCCGAUCUCCUCGUUUUAGAGACGCAGCUAUGGAGGAACCAUCGGCAGCGGCUUCGUCGCCGCAAUACCGAGAGCGAUUCCACGAAGAAGAAGAGGAAGAAGAAGAAGAAGAAGAAGAAGAAGUACUAGCUGCAGUCUCUCCUGCCCACCACGAUGGGAUGGUUGUCGUCUCUUCCAUAGCUUCAAGCGCACUGGGAUCAAGAAUGAUAGCGGGAGCAGCAGUGGACUUACCAGUACAAGGAGGAGGAGGAGGAGGAGGAGGAGGAGGAGGAGGAGGAGGAGGAGAAGUCAUCGGAAUGGAACUCUCGCCGUCCGUGGCCAGGGAUCCCGACGGCAGGCGGCGGCUGACGACGACAGAGCAAAGACUCGCUGGGCGCUCAUCCCUCGACGAUCACCAUCAUGCCAAUCAAUCACCAUCAUCAUCAUCUUACCAUCCACUAGGCAAUCAAUCGUGGUCAUCAUCGUACGAUCCACGUGACACUCCAUGCUCGUCAUCCUACGAUCCACGUGGCACUCUCUCGUUAUCCUACGAUGGAUUGGCUGUUGCCAGCCACUCCAUUGGGGACCCUGCUCAUCCUUCUCCCGCCUUUCAUCCUCCGACCGGUGAUAUGUCGGCGGCCGGCGAGCUCCUCCUUCCUCUGCAGAUGCGGCAGCGGCAGCAGCAGCAGCAGGGGAUUGCACAGCGGCAACACCAACAGAUCCCGACACAACAGUCGCAAUCCCAACAAAAACAGGGGGUGGGGCAUUGCGAUCGGCCGGGUUCAGAGUCGUCAUCAAGCCAACAGAUCCCGACGAACAACGAGGAGGUUGAUGGGUUAUCGCAGCUGCCCCCUGAGGUCCUGGAGGCAUGGGAGAGCAUUCAGUUGAGGCACAGAGCAGCCGCUGCCAAGCUUGAGAUCAGUCGAGCCGCGGCCAGAGCGCACUCGGCGGCGGCGGCGGCGGCAGCCGCCGUCAAACACGUAGUCGCUUCCUCCGCCGGGUCCCCUCUUGGUCAUCAUCAUCAUCAUCAGCAGCAGCAGCAGCAGCAUCUCGUUUCCCUUCAUCAUGGUCUUGCUGCUGGCGGCUCUGUCAUUUCCCCUCCUCCUCCUCCUCCUCCUCCUCCUGCUGCUGCUGCUGCUGCUAUGGCGGGUGUUACCUCCGACUCAGGGCCUUCGUCUUCUUCUUCUCUCUCUUCCUCUGCUUUCCUUGGAGAUGGCAGCCGUCUUGCCUCUGCUUCUUGUCUUCCUGCUGCUGCAGCUGCAGCAGCAGCAGCAGGAGGGACACUAUCGGUGUCGCGAUCGGCUGGCAGGAUCGUCAUAAACAGCGGCACCUCUCUUUCUUCUUCCAUUCAGUAUUCUUCUUCUUCUUCUUCUUCUUCGUCUUCUUCUUCUUCUUCUUCUUCUUCUUCUUCUUCUGCUGCUGCUGCUGCUGCAGCGUGCAAAAUCCCAGGUCAGAAGCGACGUGUCAAAAGGGGAAUGGCCACUGACCGCCAUAGCCUGGCAGAGCGAGCUCGGAGAGGACGGAUCAGUGAGUGCAUCAAAGAACUACAGGAAAUCGUGCCUAAUGCCAAUAAAGGGGACACCGCGUCAGUCCUGGAUGAGGCCAUCACGUACGUGAAGUCGUUGCAAAAGCAGUUGAUGUGUCUCUGCACAUCCCGAUCCCGACACCGACUGGUGGUAUCGGUACCUGGACCAGGAACAAGACCAGGAACACGACCAGGAACAACAGCAGGGAUUGGAGAAAGGGGACCAAGUGCUGAAGGGACAACGCCUUCGACUACCGGUCGUCCCGGAGGGGGAGGGGGAGGGGGAGGGGAUGAGAAUUCGGGUGAAGUUUCUGAGCCGCCGCCGCCGCCGCCGCCGCCGCCGAUCAUGGGCGGGGGAGAGUCGACAUCGGACCCGUCCGCUCCCCUGUAGAAGAUAGACAGUAGUAUUGAUGAAUAAUUAGUAAUUAAUAGAAUUAAUUAAUUAUUAUUAUUAAGCAUGUUAAACAGUCAGACACGCUCGCAGGUCAGAAAGGAGGACUAUGCAGUUCGGUGAGGCUGACGUGUCGACGACAGUACUAUCCUCCUGCUGAAUGAAUCGAGACGUAAUUUUGCAGUCAGGUACGUCGUCGGCAAUCACCACGCAGUGCGACUGACCUACCAUAGAGUUCGUUAUUAUUCUUAUUACUACCCUGCAGUAAAAAGACUUUUAAAAA